CUCUACCCGUCAUCCGCCCAGCUGAGUCCCUACGGUUCGACUCCCGCUUCCGUGUCCCCUUCGUGCGGCCAAAACCAGAGCCACCUCGCGUCCUGCGCCUCGACCACCGCGUCGGCGUCCGCCAAGAACUACCACUGCAGCGUGCAAGCCAUGAGCCUCUACGCCGGCGAGAGGUCGUCCGACCACAGCCACAGCGCCAUCGGGUCGGGCCACCCAACGGGAGGAGCAGUGGACGAAUCGCUAGGUGUUGGCGGUGCCUCGGGGUCGCUAGCCAGCACCCUGGGACUGCUGGGACAAGCGUCCGAGCAGGGCAUGGGCGGCAACUCGGCGAAUUCCCAACUGCAACAAAUGCAGCGAGCUGGAUUAGGAGGAGGAAUCGGAGGAGGAGGAGGAGGGCAUCACUAUUCCGUUGCCGCCACCGGUCGGCCACCCACAUCGGGACCUGCAACGGCAGCUGCCGCCGCAGCCGCCGCCCGCUGGUACCUGGGGCAGGCUGCUGCCGCCACGGGAGAUCUGCCCCAGCUGCCCGGGCAGUCGUACGCGGGGCAGGGGCAGGCGGCCGCGGCUGCUGCGGCUGCUGCCGCGGCCGCGUUCGCCCUGGACGCCGCCGCCGCGUCGCGCAUGGUUCUGCACGACGGAGCGAACGCGGUGGGAGGUGUCGGUGUCGGUGUCGGUGGCGGUGGCGGUGGUGGUGGCGUCGUUUCGAGUGGCGGGGCAACUGGUUGCCAGAUGUCGCCCUUCCGCCUGGCGCCGCCGCUCUACGGCUCGGCGGGGAGCCACUACGGCGGGUACGACUGCGGGAAGUACUGA